UCGUCAUAUUUGACAUGUUGUUUAUAGAAAUUUCGAGGUUAGCAUCAUUAAUUUCAUUUUGUAUAUUUUCACAAGUUGAAAAAGCUAUAUUUUAUUGUAAGUGGUUAUAAUAAAACAAGAAAAUGCCUAAGUACUACUGUGACUAUUGUGAUACCUAUCUGACACACGACUCGCCGAGUGUUAGGAAAACUCAUUGCACGGGACGCAAACAUAAAGACAAUGUAAAGUUUUUCUACCAGAAAUGGAUGGAAGAACAAGCGCAGCAUCUCAUUGACGCCACAACGGCUGCAUUCAAAGCUGGCAAGAUUGCGCAGAAUCCGUUUGGGACUAAAGGAGCUGCUAUUCCGCCACCGUGGGAUCCGUCUGUGAUGGGCCCGGGAGGCCCUCGGCAGGGCGUGCAGACGGGGCCUGGCGGGCCGCCUCCGGGCAUGCUGCCGCCCCCUGGAGCCAUGGGCCCUGGAGGACCCAUGGCACCGCCCAUGAUGAUGGGCCCUCACGGACCCAUGGGGCCGAUGAUGGGAAUGAGGCCGCCCAUGAUGGGUAUGAUGGGGCCCAUGGGGCAGAUGGGACCUAUGGGGCAAAUGGGCCCAAUGGGGCAAAUGCGGCCGCCACUAAUGAAUGGACCUCCUAUGAAGAAUUAAGCUUAGUAAGAAGCGUGUUGUGUCUGAAUACUGUGUCAGAUUUAGUGGUGGUUUUUGAGUGCUGUAUGGGUCUCGCUACCACAAGCAGCCGAUCUUGGAAAUAUGUUUAGUACUUCAUAGUGUGUUUGAAUUCAUUGACUCAUAGAGGUUUGUGUUUUGGUUGGUCCUAAUCUACGCAGUAUUAGGUACAACAUGUCUAGCAUAAGUUAAUUUAAGAUGUAAAUUUAAUAAUUAAAAUUUCUAUCCAUAAA